GGGAAGGCGCCGAGGAAGCAGCUGGCCACCAAGGCCGCCAGGAAGAGCGCGCCGUCCACGGGGGGCGUGAAGAAGCCCCAUCGCUACAGGCCCGGCACGGUGGCCCUGCGGGAGAUCCGGCGAUACCAGAAAUCCACGGAACUGCUGAUCCGCAAGCUGCCCUUCCAGCGCUUGGUAAGGGAGAUCGCGCAGGACUUCAAGACCGACCUGCGCUUCCAGAGCGCUGCCAUCGGGGCUCUGCAGGAAGCCAGCGAAGCGUACCUCGUGGGCCUCUUCGAGGACACCAACCUCUGCGCCAUC